GGGGCGCCGGGCCGGCCCGCUCGGUGAGGGCAGCCGGACCCGCCUGCCGCGGCCUCGGGCGGCCCUGCCCUGCUCUGCCCUGCCGUGCCCUGCUCUGCCCUGCCGGAGGGCGCCGGGAGCGGCAGCGAUGAGCGGCGCAGAGGGGAAGGAGGCGGCGGCCGCGGGUGACCCCGGGCGUUCGCUGGCUCCCAGUGAUGCGUCUCCAGAUGAAGGAGUUGUAGAAGAUCUGCCUUUAAUAGAUGAGAAGGCUGUGGAGCAGCUGACUGAAGGAUUGAUUUCCCACUAUCUACCUGAUCUUCAGCGAUCAAAAUCAGCACUGCAGGAACUUACACAGAACCAAGUGGUACUGCUAGAAACAUUAGAACAAGAAAUUUCAAAAUUCAAGGAGUGUAACUCCAUUGUUGAUAUCAAUGCUUUGUUUUCAGAAGCUAAACACUAUCACAACAAGUUAGUGAGUAUUAGAAAUGAAAUGAUGAUGCUGCAUGAGAAGACAUCAAAGUUAAAAAAAAGAGCGCUUAAGCUGCAACAAAAGAGGCAGAAGGAAGAGUUGGAACGGGAGCAGCAACGUGAGAAGGAACUUGAAAGGGAGAAACAGUUAACAGCAAAACCUGCAAAGAGGACCUGAAACAGAUCAUGCAACAACUUGUCUGAAUUAAUGAUUUCUACAUUCACUGGAAUUAAGGCAGACUUUGCUUAAAUUGGGCUAUAGCUGUUGCUAGCAACAGUCUACUCUCUGGUAUUAUAAAUUCCAGAAUGGUAAUAAUACAGUUGGUAACAUUCACAUUUUUUAAUUUCAGCCAUUCAAGUUGCCUUCUUUUGUAAUGCUAUGCAGUUUGAUAUUAUAAUGUAAGUUAAUUUUUAUAUGUAUGUAUAUAAGAGAACAAGGCAUCAUAGUUUUAAGUACCUAUCCAUUUUUGUUGUCUUCUGUUCAUUUGGUGUUUAGAAUUCUGAGAUUUUAUGACUGGCACAUGUUUUUCAGACAAAAUGCAGAGAAGUUCCUAAAGUUCAGUUCUCAUCACCAGGCUUCAGUGCCUGCAUUUUCACUGAAACUGCUUUGUUUCAUGCAGUUGGGAUCUGGCUUUGAUCAUAAAUACUGAUUUCUUGUGCAGCCUUAGUUUGAUCCAUCUCUAAAGAACUGAAGAAAAUAGUGUAUUUUCUGAAAAGUUCACUUCAUUGCAGCAAUCUUUUUUUUUUUUUUUUGUCAUCAAGUUACUUAGAACAGCUUUAAAGUAACUUCUGAAUAAGUUCCCAGCUGAAAUGAUUGGCAGGGGAGAAGCGGAACUCUAAAGAUUGUCAAAAUUGAUGUGUGCACAAUGCAAAGAUUGUGCUUCCACAAACAUUUAAGUCAAACCAAGAAACUGUUGUUUCUGUAAUGGUUUAUUAGGAAGACUUGUAUGGUCUAAGCAUAUUUUUGUGGGAUUAGAAGUUGUAAUUUCUUUUAUCUUGUGUGACAAAAUAAAAUAUAACCAAAACUAAACUUUUCCACUUCAUGUGAAAUUCAGCCACUUGUGGGAAAACUACUGCAUUUAGUGUUUUUUCCUUAACAAAUGAAUCAUUUGCACUUCAGGGCUAUCUAAGAGAUUUUUUAUAAGAGUCCUCGCCCAGAUUGAUGAUUAUAUUAGUGUCUAUUGAUGAGAAAUUUGGAAUGGACAUUGAUAUCCAUUUCUCUGAAUGUAAUUCCUAUCUUGCAGCACUUGGUGUGAACUCCCAUUCAAAUGAAUGUACAAAUUGUCUAGACUAGUGAAAGAGCUUUAAAUUAUUUGUUCCUACAGGCUAACAAACUAGUUAUUUUAUAACUGUGUUUCUUUUCAAGUAUAUCUGUCUUUCUUUUUAAGUGAUAAUGUAAAUGCUGUGUUUUGAAGUAAGAUAAAGGGUAAGCUAUGUAAAGUUUUCCUUAAAAUAUGUAUAGGGAUGUAUUACAGGGGCACAGUCCAUUUUACUUUUCCUUCUGUUUUAGAUGACUCACACAGUGUGCACCUGCCUGGACUUUCUCUGUUGUCAUUUUCUGAACUCCUAAUUUCCUGUUCUUAAUAUUUGCUAUCUUCUUUUGUGAAAGACGUACUCUAACAAGUACCCAGGCAUCAUGCAAGGUAAACUGGGAUAAUGUUUUGGGGCAAGGAGAACAAACUGCUUAAAGCAGUCUGAAGAGACACUGAAAUGCUUUUAGUGAAGCAGUAUUAGAUUAAAACUUUCCCCAGGUAUUUUUCCCUGAAGUUGACUCAUGGCUGUUAAUUGCCAGUGGAUUGUUGGCCUCUGCUGUGGUUUGUAUGUAUUUCUAAGAGAAAUGUAAAGAAUUUCCACAGUCCAUUUUUUGGAGCAGAAUGUACAUAACUAAAUGUUGUCUAAGUAUUUUAUUUUGUAAUGUAAUUUCACAGUCAGAUUCUGGGAAUUAAAAUCGUUCUCAUUAAACUAUAACAUGAACCUGGAUGCCUCGGUAUCCAAAUCAGGAUUGAAUUCCUUUGAUAUUUCUUGAUUUGUAUGCCCUCAUAGAAUCCAGUUUACUGUAUUAUGUUGUAUUUUCUCUCUCUGUCAAUAACUGUGUGGUUUUUCCAAAGAA